UAUUCUAAUUCGUCAUUGAAUGCUCCCUCGAGAUCACGGAAGUUUCAACUGGUGCCCUACACAACUUUUUUUUUUCCCUCAGCGAGUAUAUUUCCUGUCAUCAGCAUGACAGGAAAAACGGCAGUUUUUGUUUUAAACCGAGAGCACUUUGAUUAAAGUCAGCAUUCCUUUUAUUUUUUAUCUUCUUUUAGAGCAAAGAGUUUGCAUUUGGAUUUUUUUUUUAAGACCAACACUGUCUUUGGCUAUUGGCUUUGAGAAAUAAUUUGUAAAAUUACCUCUCUGUGCCAACAAGAAUACACCAUGGCCAAGCGAGUUGCAGUGAUCGGAGCUGGUGUGAGUGGCCUGUCCUCCAUCAAAUGCUGCUUAGAUGAACACCUGGAGCCCAUCUGCUUUGAAAGAAGUAAUGACAUCGGCGGACUAUGGAAGUUUACUGAAACUUCUAAAGAUGGGAUGACUAGGGUCUACAAGUCACUAGUGACGAAUGUCUGCAAAGAAAUGUCAUGUUACAGCGACUUCCCUUUCCAAGAAGAUUAUCCUAAUUUCAUGAACCAUGAAAAAUUUUGGAACUACCUCCAAGAGUUUGCUGAGCACUUUGACCUUCUGAAAUACAUUCAGUUUAAGACCACUGUGUGCAGCAUAACAAAGCGUCCUGACUUCUCUGAAACUGGUCAAUGGGAUGUUGUCACAGAGACAGAGGGGAGGCAGGACAGAGCUGUCUUUGAUGCUGUCAUGGUUUGCACUGGACAUUUCCUGAAUCCCCGUUUACCUCUAGAGUCAUUUCCUGGAAUCCAUAAGUUUAAAGGCCAGAUCCUACACAGCCAAGAGUACAAGAUCCCAGCAGGCUUUCAGGACAAACGCGUCUUAGUGAUCGGUCUUGGAAACACUGGAGGAGACAUUGCAGUGGAGCUCAGUCGAACCGCAGCUCAGGUACUUCUCAGUACUAGAACUGGUACCUGGGUUAUCAACCGCUCUUCAGAUGGGGGAUACCCAUUUAAUAUGAUGGUUACAAGAAGACACCAUAAUUGUAUUGCACAAGUUCUGCCCUCCUGUAUUCUGAAGUGGAUUCAAGAGAGACGCCUCAAUAAAAGAUUUGACCAUGAAAAUUACGGACUAAAUAUUACUAAGGGGAAAAAACCAAAAAAUAUUGUGAAUGAUGAGCUGCCAACCUGUAUCCUCUGUGGGACGGUCACUAUUAAAACCAGCGUGAAGGAGUUUACAGAAACCUCUGCUGUCUUUGAAGACGGGACAGUGGAAGAAAACAUUGAUGUUGUGAUCUUCACUACAGGAUACACAUAUUCUUUUCCAUUUUUUGAAGAGCCUCUCAAAACCCUUUGUACAAAGAAGAUAUUCCUAUAUAAGCUGGUCUUUCCCUCAAACCUAGAGAAGACAACAUUAGCUAUGAUCGGCUUCAUCAGCCUUACAGGAUCCAUCUUAGCCGGCACAGAGCUCCAAGCGCGAUGGGCCACAAGAAUAUUCAAAGGACUCUGUAAGAUACCACCAUCUCAAAAACUGAUGGCUGAGGCUAUGAAGAAGGAGCAGCUCAUAGAAAGGGUUUUACUGACAACAAGCCCUGGUCAAAGAAGCACCUAAUUCCAGAUCUUCAAAACCAACUAAAACUGACCAAUAGGAGCAGUGUUGUUGGAGGAUGGAAGGAACAAAAAGUGCCCACCAAACCGAGAAGGUAUCCUGAGACUGAAAAAUGAGGUGGACAGCUCCGGGUACUCACUGGAUCACAUAUUACAAGGCAGCUUACUCACCGGGUAGGAUCUGGAUCAAGCAGACAAUGAUCCUGAAGCGUUCACAGCCGCACUCCAUACCACCAAGGGGUCUUGGAACAAUUUUACAGUUUACCUAGGCUAUGAGCAUAUGUCCUUGGAAACAGGUCAUGCAUUCCUAAGAUUUUUGAACAAGUUAACUAGUCUCAUGAGUACCAGAGUACGUCAAGGAAGGUUUUCCUCAUUGUUUGGAGACUGUCAGAGCAUAGAGGCCACCUGGUCCUAAUGAUUCUUAAACAAUAUCUAUUAACUAUAAAGCCCUCGACAAUGGAGAAGUGAUCUGCUGCACAGUACAGUCCUGGGUAGGGUCAGUGAAAGGACAGGAGAAAUUGUAAAGACCUAAGAUGACCCUCAGAGCAGCAGCUAGGGGUCCAUCCACCUCCUCGAUUGACAAUGAAACACAGGUCCCAAGGGUGAUUCAUAGUCCCAUAACAUUUAGAAAUAUUAUUAAAGUAAUUUUAAUCUUUAUCACUUAUCAUAUAAUUCAUAUUUUUAAACAUAAAAGUGUAAUUUAAAUGAAAUUGACAAUAUUAAAAAAGCAUUAGGAGGCAAACCACAUUUCCUAAAUUCUUUCAAGGAAAUCAAAAUAAGCCAGCUGUAAAAAAAGUCUCUUGUUCAACAAUAAAAUGUGCUCAAAGCUCAGCAUUACAAUAAGGUACUUCUGUUAUACAAUUUCUGAAGAUUUAUCUCCCCCAAAAGAAAAUUUUCAAGUGUAGGGGAAGUCUCUUUUUUAAAAGGACUAAGCUUCAGAGAUUGCAUUUUCUAGUUUAAUAACAGUACAUACAUAUAACAACAUAAGAGGAAAUAAGCCCCAAAACCUUUUCUUGGACUACCCUUAUGCAUAUAAGUUCUAACACCCUCUCCACGUUGAGCUCAUGCUAGCUCUUCAAGUCAACACUGAGUCUCCAGGCAGGUAGUAAUCAGAGCACCUACCAUUCACUCUGUAGGACAGAAAUGGAACUAUAUUCACACUCACACAAUCCACUGCACUCAGUUGACCUCACUUUACCCAUCCCAGGCAAUCCGGCCUCCCUCAGCCACCUUCAGUUAACUUUCAGGAACCUGGCAAGUGAACAGUUGGCAAAUAACCAGAUGUAAUGGUUCACUGGCAGCAGACAAAAGCAGAGAAGAGGAGUAACCAAGAAGGAAGACAGGAAAAGUCAGCUCUUUAGAGUCAUGUGGGAGAAAUAAAUCACUCCCAAUAACCUUUAAGAACACCACUAACUUGAAAGACAGAAAACCAGUCAACUACAGUACAGUUUUCUGGGGCCAAUCAGCAGAGGGCGCCCAGUCUCUCCAUCAGUGGUUCGGAAGGAACAUGUUGAAUUACAGCCUGAACUGUACUAAAGCCUAAAUCUUUUUGUGUGUGUGUGAGGGAGGAGGGGAGAUUAUUUUGUUUUGGUUGUAGUGCACAACUUGUGGGAUCUUAGUUCCCUGACUAGAGAUCAAACCCUGCCCUGUCGGUGAAAGCAAUGAGUCCUAACCACUACACCACCAGGGAAUUCCUAGCCUGAAUCAUCUUUUGAGAGGAAAUUUGGUUUCUGAAAGCAGCUAAAAAUCAUUUAAGACUCAGUAUGAAUGUAUAAGAUGUAAAGACAAACUAAGAAAUUUCCUUAUUGAAAAUGAAACAUGAUAUAAAUAAUGAAGUUGAUUUGCUUCUGUGAUUCCAAACAAUAAGUCUGAAAGAUGGAGAAAGAGCAAAAGAAUGAAGAAUGAAAAUCCAAAGAAGUGACCAGAGCAAGAUGCUUUCAUACCUUUUAGACAAAGAAACAAUACAUUUGUGAAGACUUGACAAGGCAGGGGGGUUUGGGCUGGGGUAAUAAAUGGUGAAAAUGUAACUGGGAAGGCAAGGGUUAGUUUGACAUGGUUUGUUUGUAAAGAUUUCUCAGCCCCAAAUUUCGUAUUUCUGGUGAUAAGAAUGUCUUCGUUCCUUCUGGUACAGGGAGGGUGCCUUUCACAUGGAGACUGGUGAGUGUCAUAGUGACUUUUCUGCUCCUACUGUUGUCUCAAACUCUUUCAGCUUAAGAUGUUCAAUAUGCUUAGUCGCUCAGUCGUGUCCGACUCUUUGCAACCCCAUGGAAUGUAGCCCGCCAGGCUCCUCUGUCCAUGGGGAUUCUCCAGGCAAGAAAACCGGAGUGGGUUGCCAUGCCUUCCUCCAGGGGAUCUUCCUAACCCAGAGACUGAACUCAGGUCUCCAGCAUUGCAGGUGGAUUCUUUACCACCUGAGCCACCAGGGAAGCCCAUUCAAUAUGCCUACGUGCCAUAUUUUGGGCUAGCAUGCACUGAACCCUGUCAUCAUACUUUGUACCACACAAAACUUAGACCACCACAGGUACACAGGAUACAGCAAAAGUUUCCUGCUCACACUUAAGCAAAAUCACACAAAAGAAGGUAACAAGGCCAAGACAAUACCUGCCUGUCCUUUCAAUGUCACACUGAAGCAUUGUUUAGCAAUCCUCUCAAGGUAUUUUAUUUUCUAAGAGAAGUCUGAAUGUUCUAAUUAACUAUCAGAGACUCAGACUAUGUAAAGUUAAUUUGUAGAUUUAUGUUUAAUAAAGAUAAAAUGAUUCCUCUCUAGCAAAAGAGAUAAUCCCAAGGGCUAUGGUCUAAUGCCCUGCUAAACAUGAAUCAGUUUGUUUCUAACCUAAGUAAUUUAUUCUAACCUUUCUUUAUUAAACUGCCUAUAAAUACUCAGCUCCUUAAAUGCUCUUUGAACCAGCUUUACAUACUGAUUCCCUCACCAAUUAAUGAGAUAAUUAAAUUUUUGACAUGGGUUCACAGUUUACAUCUGCAAAAACAAAAAAGGUUAUGUUUUUAACUUCUGAAAAUCACACUUUCACAUUGUACAAGUGAGUGAGCCAUUGAUGAGAACUCAUCUAAGUAAGUCUUUUUCACAAUGAAAUCUGGUAAGGAAGUGCUUUCUUGGUACCUACUAUUGCUCAGGUCAUGAGCAGCAUGAUAUGAGGAAAAGGACAUGAACAUCAAAGCCAGACCUGAGCUCAUAUAUGAUCAUGCCCACCAACUCAAUGGACAUGAAUUUUAGCAAACUCUGGGAGAUACUGGAGGAAGGAGCCUGGCGUACUACAGUCCAUGGGGUUGAAAGAGUCAGACAAGACUUAGCAAGUGAACAACAACUACCACUUUCUAGCUCAACAAUCUGGGGAAAUUCACUCUUUUUCUCUAAGUUCUACUCUAUGUUCAUGAAAUGAGGAUAAAUAUUUCUUCUACAGAAUGUUACUGUUAGUGCUAAAUGAAAUAACACAUCCUGCAUUUAGCAUAGUGUCUGAGUCCUAGUAGACAGUUAGUACAUACAUCACCUUCCCCUUCUCCCAAGGGGAUGCUGGCAAAUGUCUAAAGAAAGUGUAGUGUGUGCAGAGUCUCACAGUAUAAGCACUCCCACCAUGACUGGUUUAAACCCACCAACCUGAACACAGAGUUGGAAAUAAACAUACAAUUGGCCCUCACACUGCUAUAUGAGCUGGCUCUUUCUCCUCCUGUUCUUCACCUCUGCAAUUCUUUCUCCUCUUUCAUAUCUCAAUUUAAACACUUCAUCAGAGGAGAUGCCCUGACUCCCAGGUUAAGUCAAGUCCCCUAUUAUUUUUCCUCAUAGUACUGUGUGCCUUUAGUUCAGAAUUCUUCUCACAAUUUGUAAUUACACAUUUAUAACUAUUAGUUAAUUAACCUCUAUCACAUUGAUUAGACUGUAAGUGCCAGAAAGACAGAGAAUAUAUCUGUUUUGCUCUCCAUUAUUUCCUCAGCAUCUAGUUCAAGUCUGGUACCAAAAAAAGGACUCACCUCAAUAAGUAUCUGUUAAAUGAAUCAAGCAACCAAACAACUGAAGAUGGAUAGGUGAAUGGAUUGAUAGAUGCAUGGAUGGAAGGAUGGAUAGACAGAACUGAGUUUUUUGUCCCUUGUCCAAAUUGUAUGUAGUUAUUUUCCCUCUACCAGAUGCUCAGUCCUUCUGUAAAUAUUUAAGCACAAAGUUGGUCAAAUCAAUCCUCUUUGGAAGUAAAGAAUUUUCUGAUGGUUAGAGAAGUGCAGGACAGUGGCAAACUUUCUGAAUGGCAGUCACCUGUAAUGUCUCUGUAAUUGAGACUGUUCUCCAGAGUCCACUUUGGAACUUGAGUCCACAUCCAAUUUCCUUCUCUUCUUCAUAUAUUUAUGUAAAAAUAAAAAAUUAAUAAAUAAAAUAAUAAUAAAUAGAACCUUCAAUUAUAUAGUCAGAAAACCAGGAAAGGGAGCCCUCAUGUCCUUCGAUUAUAGCAGAACUCAACAGGAAGAAGAAAGACUUUUCUUCCCCCGUAAGGACUGGUAAUGAAAAGCCAUGGACUCGCUUUUACUGUUGCCCUUUUCCCCGCUAUAAAAAUGUUCUUCCUCCCUUGCCAUGUGGGGACCUUCAUAUGGCUUACCACUGUUGCAGACCCAGAACUGCCAUUUUCUGCUGGGUUUCUGGUGGUGCUAGUGGUAAAGAAUCUGCUGGCCAGUGCAGGAGACACAAGAGACAUGGUUGAUCCCUGGGUCUGGAAAAUCCCCUGGAAAAGGAAAUGGCAACCCACUUUAAUAUUCUUGCCUGGAGAAUCUCAUGGACAGAGGAACCUGGUGGGCUACAGUCCACAGGGUCUCAAAGAGUCAGACAGGACUGAUGGGACUUAGCACAUAUGCAUGCACACUGAUCCCAAACAAAGUCAUCUCUGCUGGAGAAAUAUCUGGCAGUCUCUUUGCUUUAGGUCCAACAUUUCUUACCCCUACUCAUACAAAAUGCCUUCUAUCCAAGUUACAGAUUAAGAUCAACAUUUACUCAGCUUGAUUUUGUUCCAGAAAAAUAAUUUUUCAUUCAUAACUAGAAGCAUUUUUCCAUAUUCAAAAUUAUCAUCUCCACUAUUCAAAGGCAACUUAGUUAAACUAAGUAUACCCCCCAAAAAAAGAAACACUUAUUUUGAAGUAUUUUCUAGAGUGUUGUACAAAAAAUGUCUUUUUAAAACUUCUGGUUAAACAUGGCAGAACACGUGAUAAUUUUUAUGUCAUCAUUUUAAAACAACAGUAAAGGGGGAAAAAAGACAACAGCAGAUGGGCAAUGUCAUCACAUUUUCAGCAAAUAAAAAGCAUAUGGAAGGGCCUUUCCUAGUGGUCCAGUGGUUAAAGAAUCUGCCUGCCAAUGCAAGGGACAUGAGUUCAAUCCCUGUUCCAGAAAGAUUCCAUAUCCAGCCAGGCAACUAAGCCCAGAUGCCACAAGUACUGACCCUGAACUCUAGAGCCACGAGCCACAACUACUGAAGCCCAUGCACCCGAAUGAGAAGCCCGAGCCCUGCAACUAGAGGGUAGCCCCACUCACCAAACUAAAGAAAAUCUUCGCACAGCAACAAAGAUCCGGCAGCCUCCCCCCCCCCAAAAAAGAUGUAAAUUAAAAAAACUAUUCAUUAAAAAAAAAACCAUAUGGAAAAGACUUCCCUGGUGGUCCAGUGGUUAAGACUGUGCUUCUACUGCAGGGAUUGGUUUGAUCCCUGGUCGGAGAACUAAGAUCCCACAAGCAGCACAGUGCAACCAGAAAAACAAACACACAUACACACAAAACACAAAAAGCAUAUGGAAGGUAAGCAACUGACUAACAAAGUAGAGGAACUUUAUAGCUUAAAUUAACAUAAAGGCAUCUAGCGUGGCAAAGGACAGGGAUGGGGCAAAUAGAUAAAACCAGGUGAGGUAAAGUCUGUACUCUGAAGGAGAAGCCCCAGAUCCCAUCUUCCCGCCCUUCAUAAGUGUGGCACUCACUUCUCUGGAAUGGCUUUAGCAAAAAAUAUCUGGAUUCUAACUUUCAGGGAACCUCAGCAAAAAAAAGUAGAGUGCCUAAAAUCCCAGCCUGAUCACAUCCUAAUCAAUCCCAGUAGUAGAGAAGUCCUGCACGAGCAUACAAAGUCACAAAUUAACAGUUUGGUUCUGUUCUCUGAAAUGUGAACAAAAGACAAGGGCCAAUAUACGUUUCAGGAAAUCAUCUAAUACAGAAGGCAGGGGCCAAAACAAACACAGAAGAACAGAACUUGGAGGAAUAAAAAUAAUGCAUGAGUUAACAUCAAAAGAAUUACAAUCCAGGGAAUGCCCUGGCAGUCCAGUGGUUAGGAUUCCUCACUCUCACUGCUGAGGGUCUGGGUUCAGUUCCUGGUCAGGGAACCAACAUCCCACACGCUGUGAGGCAUGUUCAAAAAAAAAUUAUAAUCCAUCUUCUCUGAGAGACAAAAGAUAGUAUUGGGCCCGUGAAACAAGAACACAAUAUUAUUGUAAGAAGAACAAUAGAACAAGGAGUUUGUAAGGAAAAAAAGAAUGGAAGAUAAAAUUCAGGAAUUCUCACAGCAAGUGGGGCUGAAAAAUAAAAUGAUGGACAAUACAAAAGCAAAGAAAAUGUAAGGACCCAUCUAGGAAAUUUAACAUCUGAAUAAUAGGACUAUCAGAUGAGAUUAAGCAUGAUUAAAUUAUUGUGGAGAAGUAAAGUUUGCCACCCAAAAUGGGUCUCUUUGGCAUGAAGAUUAUUUUAGGCUGAUUAUUUUUAAGAAACAGAAGUCUCAGGAAGUUUUUGUUUUUACCUCUCCCUUAGUUGCUUAAAAAAUAGAUAAAGGGUCUGUUCCUGGAACUUAGCUAUCACCAGAGACAUCUACAAAAAACAUGGGCUGGGCUGGUGGGGGACUUGGCAGGGCCCAGAUAUCAGAGCCCACUUGGUGUCCCGUUGUCUCUGCCUGGCCCAGCAAACCUCUGUUUACCAAACAUUGCCUUUUCCAUCUCCAUGUCAGUUGCCUUCCUCCUCAAACUACUACUUCACUAUCCUGGUUAAAGUCUCAAACUACUACUUCAAUCCUGUUUGGUUUUCAGCUAAAGAUGGUAUUUAAUGUGAGGGCUUCAGCCAUUUUGAUGAGUUACUCAGUUUUCCUGGGUCUCUCCAUGUAUCUGUGUUAUUAAAAUUUGUUCAAUUUUCUUCUGUUAAUCUGUCUCAUGUCAGCGUAAUUCUCAUACCAGCCAGAAGAACCUAAAGGAGUAGAGGAAAUUUUUUCUCCCCAACAUAAUUAAAGAAAUAAUACAACCUCCCCUCCCUCAGCUGAAGACUCAGUGGAAAAGCCCAUUCAUUUCAUUCAGCAUAAUGAAUGAAAAAAGCAUGAUGGAGUUGUUUUAGACAUGUGAGUUUUGAGCUGCUGUUACAAAUAACGAUGAAAAUAUAUCACAUAAAUAGUUCAAUAUAGGAACCCAGAGCUUAGGGGAGAAAUCAAGUUUAGAGAUACAAAUAGGAAUCCAUUAGCUUGUUAAAAAACAAGUAUUUGAAGCCAAAAUAUUGAAUAAAAUAACCUACAGAGAGUUAAAUAGAAAAGGAGAAACAUAAAAGAGAGAAGGGAAGAGACUAGGGCUCAGAGCAAAGUCCUGCAGAGGAGAUAAAUACAAUGUCUCAGAAAAUCAGAGAAAAGACUACUUCAGAAGCUGAGCAAAAUCAACUGUAUCAAAAGCAACCACGAUGGAGGGAAAUAGAGGAGAUUUAAUUGUUGUAUUUACUGAUUGGAGAGCACUAGUCAUCUUAGUAAGAACUGCACAUCUUUUAGAAGUAUUAAUUUUUUCAAAGAUUACAGUUGGAGUAUGGUGGGAUACUGGAGAAGUGGAGAUGCCCAGGAGGUAGGUGGAUAUUCAAGUUUGAAGCCCCCGAAAGACAGUGGGUUAUCAUUCAAAGAAAAGCACUGAAUAAUAUAGAACACUGCAUUUCUGUGAUAAAUUCAGGAGGAGCAUUUCUUAUAACGCUGUUGUAUUAGUUGAUGGCAUAAGUCACUAAAAGUAAUUUUAGGAGGGACCAAAAUAGCCAAGUAUGAGUAAGAGGCACCGGAUAGUCUGGAAGGACUACCUAUCCUUUAGAAAUCUUCCUUGAACAUUAUUUUCCUCUCAAAUGAGCUUUUGCCAAGGGUUUAGCUCCUUACAGAUAUGUGGCAAAUUAAGGGAGUAACUCUCUGACAAUCAACUCUGCCAGUGUAUACAGAAACAUUUACAUAAUUCUGAGAACUCAAUCCUCUAUACCUGCAUUAACUUUAGCCCCAAAAAAACCCUUCUUGCUCAUAUUACCAACUGCCCAACUGGUAAAAAGAGGAAAAGAAAAUUUCAAUGAAAUGUUUUUAUUUUAAAUUUAGCAGUGCAUUUUGCAGUGAACCCUUCAAGAUAUUACAGUUGCAAUAUGUAAUCCUGGGUAAUUAAAUGAAUUAAUCUGUUCAUUUCAUAUGAAUUAACACUAGAACAUACUUCCUGAAAAUGAUACAUAAAGUGAUAUACAAAAUAGGUGUAGUUCCUGCCCUUUUAGAGCUUACAGUCAAGUGGAGAGAUAGAAAUUAAACAAAUCAUAAGUAAAUAUGUGACUAUAGACUGAAAGAAGUUUUGAAGGAGCAGUCUAAUAAAAGGAAAAUGACAGAGUGACCUAAUUUAAACUGUGAAGGGAUGUUAUCAGGGAAGCUAUCUAAGGAAGUGACAUUUAAACUAAAAUGUAAAGGAUUAGUAAUAACUUUCCAGCUAAAGACUAGAGGAUUAAGGGCAUCUCAGGCAAAGGCCAGCAGGCAGGAAGUCCUUGAGGCAGAAGAUGGUAUAGUGCUGCUGGAAAUCAGUAAGCAAGGUAAUUGGCCAGGAGGUAAAACCAAACAAACCAAACAAAGCAAGACCUUACAGGUCAUGGGAAGGAUAUUUGCUUUUGCCUAGGUAAGUGUUCGGAGAAGGCGAUGGCACCCCACUCCAGUACUCUUGCCUGGAAAAUCCCACGGACGGAGGAGCCUGUUGGGCUGCAC